GCAGCGAAGGGGCGGAACCGGAAGCGCUGACUGGCGGGAGCGCGGGUCCACGGACGGCUCGGGCACGCGCAGGGCGGCGGGGGUCCGGGCAUGAAGCUGGGCCGGGCUGUACUGGGCCUGCUGCUGCUGGCGCCGUUGGUGGUGCGGGCGGUGGAGCCCAUCAGCCUGGGACUCGCCCUGGCCGGCGUCCUCACCAGCUACAUCUCCUACCCGCGCCUCUAUUGCCUCUUCGCCGAGUGCUGCGGCCAGAAGCGGAGCCUUAGCCGGGAAGUGCUACAGAAGGACCUGGACAGCAAGCUCUUCGGCCAGCAUCUUGCCAAGAAAGUCAUCUUAAAUGCCUUGUCUGCCUUCAUCAGCAACCCGAAGCCCAAGAAACCUCUCACCCUCUCCCUCCACGGCUGGACCGGCACCGGCAAAAACUUUGCCAGCAAGAUCAUCGCGGAGAACAUUUACGAGGGCGGUUUGAACAGUGACUAUGUGCACCUGUUUGUGGCCACGCUGCACUUCCCGCACGCCUCCAACAUCACCCUGUAUAAGGACCAGCUACAGCUGUGGAUCCGCGGCAACGUGAGUGCCUGUGCGAGGUCCAUCUUCAUCUUCGACGAGAUGGACAAGAUGCACGCGGGCCUCAUCGACGCCAUCAAGCCUUUCCUAGACUAUUACGACCACCUGGACGGGGUCUCCUACCAGAAGGCCAUCUUCAUCUUCCUCAGCAACGCCGGAGCGGAAAGGAUCACAGACGUGGCCUUGGACUUCUGGAGAAGCGGGAGGCAGAGGGAGGAAAUCAAGCUCAAAGACCUGGAGCCCGCCCUGUCCCUGUCGGCCUUCAACAACCAGAACAGUGGCUUCUGGCACAGCAGUUUAAUCGACCGGAACCUCAUUGACUACUUUGUCCCCUUCCUGCCCCUGGAGUAUAAACACCUGAAGAUGUGCGUCCGGGUGGAAAUGCAGUCCCGGGGCUAUGACGUCGAUGAGGACAUCGUGACCCGGGUGGCCGAGGAGAUGACCUUUUUCCCCAAAGAGGAGAGAGUUUUCUCUGACAAAGGCUGCAAAACUGUGUUCACCAAGUUGGAUUAUUACUACGAUGACUGACGGCGCAGCAGCCAAUGCCGGGACACCCGGGCCUCUCCAGUCCCGCCCCCACCCACGCCCCGGACAGGAGUCGGAUGAAUUUGUCCUGUUUGACGCGGCUGUGGCCGUCCCUGGGCGUCGGGCCCUUUCCGCGGAGCCCGCAGGCUGCCACCCUGUGGACGGCGGCCUCCCAGCAGCCCCAGGGGCCUCUGAGAAGGAAGCGGCCGGUCCCAGCCCGCUGGGAUCGAGGCUCGGGACUAUUUUUAAAGAUCAUGUUUUAAUUUCAAGAGUUUCUGUUUCAAGGGAGGAUGAAAACGUUACUGAAAAUAUGAUAACUUUAUUUAAAAUGGUUUUUAACAUUGUGAAAAGCUUUUCGGACUCUG